AAACAGUAACAUAAAAAGGGGACAUCUGCUUAAAUCAGCCCCAAUACAUUACAGGCUUUUGGCGCAGUACUAGUUCGCCGUCCAAAGUUGGUGUCGCCGGAAACCCUGAAAAUUACUCAGCAAUCAACGACGAUGGGUGGUGAUCGGAGCAAUAGCACGAGCAGCAGUGAAGAGGACGGAGAUGCUGAUUGGAGAGCUGCCAUAGAUUCUGUGGCUUCCACAACUACAUUUAGCAAAACUACCGCCAAACCUCAUUCCUCAUCCGCUGCUACUAACGGAGAUGAAGUAGAUACUAAACGACCCCAGAACCUCAAACAUUAUCAAAUAAAGGCCCAGAAGACUUUGGAAGACAUCUUAGACAAGACUAUAGAAAUAGUGAGAGACAAUGAUCGUGGUGCUUCGCAGGAAGCUCCCUCGACGAAUGGAGGCGGAAUCCGAUUGUUCAAGCGUGCUCCACUUGGGAUUGUGUUUGAUCACACAGAUAAACUCCAACAACCCAGGAAGAAACCAAGAAUUCAUCCUGGGAAGGGAACUGAGGAGAAGUCAAAAGAGUUUAAAUACCAAAUCAAGUCCGUUGCUGUUGAUGGGAUGGAUAUUUUAGCUGCAUCAAAAAAUGCUUGCCAGAAAUCAUUGGCUAGACUAGAAGCAAGAGAAGCAGCAGUUAAAGCUGCUGCUAAAAGAGAGGAAGAAAGAGUUGCAGCACUAAAAGGAAUUAGGGGGGAGAGAUGGCUCCCUUCUGUUGCCAGAGAUAUGCAGUUAAGGCUUCAACGACGUUGACACCUGUAGAUGGACUAGGCUUCCAUUAUUCAGCACUCAUAUUUCAUUCUUUUACUCUUUAAGGUUUCUAGUGCUCAUUACAGCCUGUGUUUAUGUUAGGCUACCUGAGCCUCAGAAAAACACGCCAACAAUAUUCUAGUAUUGCUAAAAGAAGAAAGGUUUCUUCUGAUUACCAGUUAAAAAGUCUGGUUAUUUGGGCUGCCAUUGGCGAACAAUUGGUAUCAAGGCAAAGCGUUUCUGUAUUCAUUUGCAGCUGAAGAUUGCUCGUGAUAGUAAAUGCCGGCCAGUGAUUCUAUGGUCUUUAUAACGUGUCUAGCGUGCUUAUAGUACAUCAGAUUUUCAGACCUAA